AUGGCCUUGGUCGCGUUCUUGGUCAGGUUCCGCAUCAUCGUCGAGAUCAGCUGUGCCCCUGUCGUCCUGGGCGCGCCCGGCCUGCAUAUACCUGACCUGCAUGAUCCACUCGAUGCCUCAGUUGCACUUGACCGUCCUCAUCUUCCCGUGCGUGUCCUCGAACUCGAUCCUAUUCCCGUCCAUGCUUACGUACCCCUCCGGGAGCUCGACCUUGGUCAUGCGUUCUCCAACGACCGUGACGGUGUGGUCGUUGAUGGGAUUCUUCAUGGACCUGAGUCUCACACGUGUUUGUGUAUAAUGUCCAUCUCCCUGAUCCAGCCCCUGGGCCAACGUCUUCCUGGACAUGAACAUGUUCGGCUUGGGCCUCUCGACGGUGAUGACGCCCUUGACCGUGAAUUUGACCCGUGA